AUGUCCCAGUUGACGAAUCAUGUCUGUGUGGUUCUAUUGACUGCAGAAGCUAUUGGUAUCUCCUUAAACCUCAAAGAAAUCAAUUUAUUUACUGGGGAACACCUGAAGCCGGAAUAUGAACAGCUAAAUCCGCAAAAAGCAAUUCCAUUUCUCGUAGAUGACGAAUACAAGUUAUCAGAGAGUCGAGCCAUUAUGUCGUAUUUAGCCGAUCAAUAUGGUAAAAACGCUCGACUGAAUCCACAAACAGUGAUUGGUCGAGCCUUGGUCAACCAUCGAUUACAUUUUGAUAUUGGUACUCUCUACAGAGGCAUGAAAGAUUACUAUUAUCCAGUCGUAUUCGGGAAAGAAAAAGAGUACAAUCCAGACCGUUACAAACCACUGGAAGGUGCUUUUGAUGUUCUCGAUAAAUUUCUGGAUGGACAAGAUUAUGUAGCUGGACGCAAUUUGACCAUCGCUGACCUAGCUUUGGUCGCUACCGUAUCAACGUCGGAGGUUUUUGGGUUCGAUGUGGAGAAAUACGCUAAUGUCGCUAAGUGGUUGGACAGAAUAAAAUCAUCGGCACCAGGUUAUCGCAAGGCCAAUGUCGAGGGUCUAGAAAUACUGAAGAAAAUGAUUGAGGAUUCUAAGGAAGAGUAA